UCGGGCCGCGCCGCGCGCGUGCGAGCCGGGCAAAGCCGCCAGCGCCCUUCCAGCCUAGGGGAAGGUAACGCGCCGCGCCGGGGGCUGCGCAGUUUGCACCGCCAGGCCGAGGGCUGGCGGCCAGAAGACGAGAGAGACGGCGAGGCGCGCUCCCUGCCCGGCAGCGACUCCGAGUGAAAACCAGCAAAAACAGAUUGAGAUGCUGUUGCCUGGUGAUUGACCAAAGACUUACCAGCCAAGGACUCACCACCUCAUUCCUGUCUGGUGCUACUAUUGAUUUAACUACAAUUUCUACGUGACAUCUUCAAGGUAGGUGAUGCUCUGAUGCUGCCCCCCCUUAUGAAUUGAUGUACAGAGAGAGAAUAAACUGUGUCUAAGACUGAACCAGAGAAAGAGUGUGCUGGGAGCCACCGUAGGAACAAGCGACCUGUCUGGCAAGGAAUACAGCAUCCUUCUGAGAGCCUCUUCUCAACAUUAUCCCACAGACCAAGACUUCCUUAUGGAAAAGAGCACUUAGGAUCUUGCUAUCAGCGGCCCUAAACUUUUGCUGAGCCAAAAUAAGACUUUUGCUGCAGAACUGAACAAGAUAUUUCAUUUUUGUGUCUUUUAAUCUUCCUGGUUGCACUCUUAGUUGUUCAGCCCUGAGAAUUUUGAGUCACAUUUGUUGCUAUUAUUUUUGCAUGCACUUUUCAAAAUGAUUGACUUAAGCUUCCUGACUGAAGAGGAACAAGAGGCCAUCAUGAAGGUUUUGCAGCGGGAUGCUGCUCUGAAGAGGGCCGAAGAAGAGAGAGUCAGACAUUUGCCUGAAAAAAUUAAGGAUGACCAGCAGCUGAAGAAUAUGAGUGGCCAAUGGUUUUAUGAAGCCAAGGCAAAAAGACACAGAGACAAAAUCCAUGGUGCAGAUAUCAUCAGAGCAUCUAUGAGAAAGAAGAGGCCCCAGGUAGCAGCUGAGCAGAGUAAAGACAGAGCAAAUGGGACAAAGGAAAGCUGGGUGAAUAAUGUCAACAAAGAUGCUUUACUUCCUCCGGAGCUGGCUGGCGUUGUAGAAGAGCCAGAAGAAGAUGCAGCACCAGCAAGCCCGAGUUCCAGUGUGGUAAAUCCAGCUUCCACUGUGAUUGAUAUGUCCCAGGAAAAUACAAAGAAACCAAAUGUGUCUCCAGAGAAGCAGAGGAAGAAUCCAUUUAAUAGCUCCAAGUUGCCAGAAGGUCACUCGUCACAACAAACUAAAAAUGAACAGUCAAAAAAUGGAAGAACUGGUUUAUUUCAGACUUCAAAAGAGGAUGAAUUGUCAGAGUCAAAAGAAAAGUCAACUAUCACAGAUACUUCAAUCCAAAAGUUAGAGAAAUCAAAGCAGACUGUGCCAGGCCUUUCAAAUGGGUCCCAAAUCAAAGCUCCAAUCCCCAAAGCCAGGAAGAUGAUCUACAAAUCAACUGAUUUAAACAAAGAUGAUAACCAGUCUUUUCCUAGACAAAGGACAGACUCCCUGAAAGCGAGAGGGGCUCCGAGAGGGAUCCUCAAGCGCAACUCCAGUUCCAGUAGCACAGACUCAGAAACCCUUCGUUAUAAUCACAACUUUGAACCCAAAAGCAAAAUUGUGUCACCUGGCCUAACCAUCCAUGAGAGAAUUUCUGAGAAGGAGCAUUCUUUAGAAGACAACUCUUCCCCAAACUCCCUGGAGCCAUUAAAGCAUGUGAGAUUCUCUGCAGUGAAGGAUGAGCUUCCACAGAGUCCUGGGCUAAUCCAUGGCCGGGAAGUAGGAGAAUUUAGUGUUUUAGAAUCUGACAGGUUGAAAAAUGGAACAGAAGAUGCAGGGGACACAGAAGAGUUUCAGAGUGACCCUAAGCCUUCUCAAUACGGAAGGUCUUUGCUUUUUCAUCAAUCAGCCUCAAGCCCAAAUGUAUCAAAAAGUGAAACACAUCAGCCAGUGACUUCUGGUUCUUUUCCAAUUAAUGGGCUCCAUUCUCAUUCAGAAGUUUUAGCUACAAGACCACAGUCCAUGGAGAAUUCACCAACCAUCAGUGAACACAAAGAUAAAUCAUCAGAAUUAACAAGACUUGAAUCUGUAUUACCCAGAAGCCCUGCUGAUGAACUGUCUCAUUGUGUUGAGCCUGAGCCGUCUCAGGUGCCAGGUGGCAGUUCUAGAGACCAUCAGCAAGGUAAGCCCCCUCCUCUCUCGGCUCUGAAAGCUAAGACAUCUUCACAUUCUAGUCCGUAUGCCACUGAGAUAAAGAAGUCAACUGAUGAUUCCAUAUUUAAAGUUCUAGACUGGUUUAACCGAAGUUCUUAUUCAGAUGACAAUAAGUCAUUCCUCCAACAUCCCCGAGGAAUAGAGUCCAAAGAAAAAACAGACUCAAAAUCACAGGUUGCUAUUGACUUGGUGACAGAUGACACUACUUUAAAAGAAAAUGGCUCGAAGACCCUAUCAUCCAGCAAAAUUGAAUCAAAGCCUGUGAGAUCUGAUUCAACAUUCCAAGUAGAGGGAGAUAUGCUGGUUUCUGAAAGUUGCCAAGAUGCUAAUGUGAAUAUCAAAUCCAAAUUCAUGAAUUUGUCCCAACAAGGCGCCCCAAAGGAAGGCCCAUGUAUAUUGCCAUUUGAAAGCUAUGGCACCCCAAGUCAAAGGAGCAAAAAUAUGGACUAUAGCCAAGAUUCAAAAAGCAUAGGAAAAGGGAACGGGGUGUCUCCUCCAAAAAGGAACUAUUCCUACAGUAUUCCCAAGGAAUCUGAUGCAGAAAACCAAGUUCCAUGCAACACUAAUAGUAUUGGCAACUUGGGUGAAGAAGAACCCAAGUUUCACGCUCGUGAAGAAAAUAGAGGACACUCAGAAGUGAAUUUUGACUCUUCAACAAUUGUCAAAGAACCAGGUUUGAAAGAUAACAUGAAAGCAGAGAGAAAGAGCAAAGGAGGAAAUACCUAUAUCCUGAAAGCUUCCUUAGAGCCAGAGAAUAUUAAGUCAACACCUGGGGUUGCCAACAACAGCUCUCCUUGGAAGAAGCCUGAGGUCCAUUUCCAGCAAGAAGCUGGUGAGGUUCCCAAGAACCAAGUGCAGAGAGAGAAAUACAAAAGAGUGAGUGACAGAAUAUCCUUUUGGGAAGGGGAGAAAGCUGCUGCUAAGAUAACUCAUAAAGAACCCACAUCUUCAUGUAGCCAGGAACAACCUUCUGCUAAAGCAUAUGAGCCUGUACAGAAGUCACAGGGUAUAUCAUCCAUGAACAGUUUAUCUACAGACCAGAGUGAAUAUAAUCAGGUCAUUCCCAAACGAGUGGUCCUAGAUGAGGAUGAUCAAGCAUCCCAGCUCUCCAAUUCUUAUUCCUCAAAUAAAUCUAAAGAGACCAAGCCACAAAUAUCAGGUCCAUCCAGAAACUAUCUUUCAGCUGAGGAAUCAGAUAAAGUGUCUCUGUUUCAGAAUAAGAAAAAUGAGCCUAUAAAAAGAUCACCAAUGGCAGACAGUUUGCCUUCUAGAAGAAACAUUACUUUGCCAGCACUGCAACGUCCCUCAAAUGUUGGGAGUGAACGACAUGUUGCUUUGGAGAAAGACAGACCUCUAGUUCGUGAAUCAAAUGCCAACUUUAAAGUUAUGUCCCUAAAAGAAAGAAUGGAUGAACCCAAUGCGGAACAGGUCUAUAAUCCCUCUCAGUUUGAGAAUUUGAGAAAGUUUUGGGACUUAGAAGCUAAUUUAAACAGUAAGAAUAAUGACAAGAAUAUUACCACAGCAAGCCAAAAAAAUUCUGUGCCUUUUAAUAGGCAGAAACACAAGGAAUUAAGUGACAUUAAAUUAUCAGGUAAAAAUACCCAUGAAGCAGAGGUGCUUCUAAGCCCAAAAAAAGUUAUGGCAAGAGAGGAAAUGGAGAAAUUAAAUUCAAAGGGCAUACUCCAGGUGCUACCAGAUGAAACCACAUUUCCUUUGAGUCCGCUUAGAAAGUAUACUCAUCAGUUGCGAGGAAAUGAGUCAUCAAAGGAAAACGUGGAAAAGAAUAUGGAAGGGAUUGUUACUCCAGUGUUUAAGGAAGAAAAGGAUUACUCAGACCAAGAGAUUCAAGAAUCCAUAGUAAAAACCAAUGUUUUGUCUAAAGACUACAAAGACACUUUUAAUGACAGCUUGCAGAAACUGCUUUCAGAAGCCUCAACACCAGCAGUUCAACCCUGUGGUGGAAAAGUUCAUGGAAAACAAGUGCUUGAACCAAGUGUUUCUGAAAAUAGGACAUGGCAUCAAAAAACAGAUUUUGCUGAUACUGAGGAAGAAGUCAAAGGACCUGAGAAGAUCAUUAAUGAGCAUGUUGACAAAACAGUAGUUCCUCCAAAGGUUAAACGGAACUCUUUGACUGCUAGUCUAGACAAACUCCUGAAGGAAGCAACUGGAACUUCACCCUCUCCCUUGCAAACCAAGUUGGCGCCCGUUAUCCCUGGAACCAACUCUAAGCCGGAAGAGGGAAGAUUUUUUGGAAAAGGGAUAGAACAGAGUCACAAUACUUCAGUUGAUAAGAGAGAAAUACUAGCUCCUUUUCCAGCAAGAGAUGAAACUUUUGGAAAUACAGCUCUCCCCAAGAAAGCUGAAAGUGGUGAGUGCCAGCUAAACACAGAGAAUUUGAUUCAGAUGGCUGCAGAAGAUUCUUAUCCAUUGGAUCCAACUUCCCAUCUUUCCAGAAAGGGUUCUUUUGGGGAUGUGGCCAACCCUCCCCAAGAUAUGCUUUUUCCCCAAGAUGCUCAUCUUGUUCCCCAGGCCAGGGCACAGCCUUCUCAAACGGAAAUUUCAGAGACUGUAGAGAAAGUCAUUCUUCCACCCAGACCUGUAUUGAAUGAUGUAAAUGCUGCAUUACAGAAGCUGUAUAGAGAAGUAUGGUUAAGUUAUCCAGCUGGAAGGGAAGUACGUCCUGGAGAAGUGAACCCAGAAUUUCCUGAAGCAGUACAGGCAGUAGGUAGCCCCCUAAAUCCCCCAGGAGUGAUAUCAUCAUGGACUAUGAUGGACACCAUAGUUCCAGACAGGAAGGAUUUUUAUUCCUCCAAUGUAGUUCCUGAUAAAACUCAUGAACUUGGAUCUUAUUUAGCUGCUCAAAUGUUUCUAUCAGACCAGACACUUAGCUCAUUUGGUUCCACUGUUGCUCAAUAUGGCAAAGGCCUACCUCAGGAAGUGGAAGAAAUUGUGAGGGAAACAAUUAUUCAACCCAAAUCAGAGUCCCUCGAAUUCAUUGCUGGCUUAGAAAAACUACUGAAGGAAGCAACUGAAACCUUCCCCUUAAAAUAUGAAAGCAAUACAGGGAAUCUUUCUGCAUCAAAGUUAAUAGGUAGUACAAAGGAGCCCAGGCAAGCCACUUCUGAAUUCCAUCCUGAGGAAUUAAAAGAAACAGUAGAAAAAGCCGAGGCUCCAUUAAUAACUGAGAGUGCUUUUGAUGCUGGUUUCGAGAAACUUCUUAAAGAAAUAACUGAAGCUCCUCCUUAUCAGCCCCAGGUGUCAGUGAGAGAAGAAAUGCACAAGAAGGAGUCCUCACAGUCAGAGCAGACCAGGUUCUUAGGGGCAGUGCCCCAUUUUUACAGGGCAGUCUCACAGACCUCUGAAAUGAAGGCUAAAAGUAGUAGUUUGGAAUCUCAAGUCAACCAAUGUGAUAAAAUGUUGGGAGGAGACGCACAUGUGACUGAUUUAUUGGUAGAUUUUUGUGGUUCCAAAAGUGGAGUUGAGAUCCCUAGAACCCCACAACUUUAUGUGGCUCAUGAAAUAGGGACCAUUAAAACUGUAAACCCCCCAGAGGACAGGGACAGUGAAAGUGGGGUUGCAGGGCAACAAGGGACUUUUCAGGAACCUGGCUUUGGAGGGGCUUCUGAAGCAAUUAGUGUGUCCAGAAAUAGGCAACCCAUUCCUCUCCUGAUGAACAAAGAAAACUCUACAAAAACAAGUAAAGUUGAAUUUAUUCUAGCAUCGCCAUAUAAGAAACAAGAGAAAGAGGAAGAAAAAGAAGGUUUCUCUGAGUCCGAGUUUUCAGAUGGAAACACCAGUUCUAAUGCAGAGAGCUGGAGACAUCCUUCCAGUUCAGAAGAAGAACCCAGUCCUGUUUUGAAAACUUUGGAAAGGAGUGCCGCUAGGAAAAUGCCUUCCAAAAGUCUAGAAGACAUUUCAUCAGAUUCAUCAAAUCAAGCGAAAGUAGAUAAUCAGCCAGAAGAAUUAGUGCGUAGUGCUGAAGAUGUUUCCACAGUGCCUACACCACCUGAUAAUCCAUUUUCUCACCCUGACAAACUCAAAAGGAUGAGCAAGUCUGUUCCAGCAUUUCUCCAAGAUGAGAGUGAUGACAGAGAAACAGAUACAGCAUCAGAAAGCAGUUACCAGCUCAGCAGACACAAGAAGAGCCCGAGCUCUUUAACCAAUCUUAGCAGCUCCUCUGGCAUGACGUCCUUGUCUUCUGUGAGUGGCAGUGUGAUGAGUGUUUAUAGUGGAGACUUUGGCAAUUUGGAAGUAAAAGGAAAUAUUCAGUUUGCAAUUGAAUAUGUGGAGUCACUGAAGGAGUUGCAUGUUUUUGUGGCCCAGUGUAAGGACUUAGCAGCAGCGGAUGUAAAAAAACAGCGUUCAGACCCAUAUGUAAAGGCCUAUUUGUUACCAGACAAAGGCAAAAUGGGCAAGAAGAAAACACUCGUAGUGAAGAAAACCUUGAAUCCUGUGUAUAAUGAAAUACUGCGGUAUAAAAUUGAAAAACAAAUCUUAAAGGCACAGAAGCUGAACCUGUCCGUUUGGCAUCGGGAUACAUUUAAGCGCAAUAGUUUCCUAGGGGAAGUGGAACUUGAUUUGGAAACAUGGGACUGGGAUAACAAACAGAAUAAACAAUUGAGAUGGUACCCUCUGAAGCGGAAGACAGCACCAGUUGCCCUUGAAGCAGAAAACAGAGGUGAAAUGAAACUAGCUCUCCAGUAUGUCCCAGAGCCAGUCCCUGGUAAAAAGCUUCCUACAACUGGAGAAGUGCACAUCUGGGUGAAGGAAUGCCUUGAUCUACCACUGCUAAGGGGAAGUCAUCUAAAUUCUUUUGUUAAAUGUACCAUCCUUCCAGAUACAAGUAGGAAAAGUCGCCAGAAGACAAGAGCUGUAGGGAAAACCACCAACCCUAUUUUCAACCACACUAUGGUGUAUGAUGGGUUCAGGCCUGAAGAUCUGAUGGAAGCCUGUGUAGAGCUUACUGUCUGGGACCAUUACAAAUUAACCAACCAAUUUUUGGGAGGUCUUCGGAUUGGCUUUGGAACAGGUAAAAGUUAUGGGACUGAAGUGGACUGGAUGGACUCUACUUCAGAGGAAGUUGCUCUCUGGGAGAAGAUGGUAAACUCCCCCAAUACUUGGAUUGAAGCAACACUGCCUCUCCGAAUGCUUUUGAUUGCCAAGAUUUCCAAAUGAGCCCAAAUUCCACUGGCUCCUCCACUGAAACUACUAAACCCGUGGAAUCUGAUCUUGAAAAUCUGAGUAGGUGGACAGAUAUCCUCACUUUCUAUCUAUUGCAACUAAGGAAUACUACACAGCAUAUAAAAGUCAAUCUGCAUGUGCUUCUUUGAUUACAAGGCCCAAGGGAUUUGAAUAAUAACAAAAUGUGUAAUUUGUGACUCUAACAUGAAAGAAGAUAUCUGAACAAGCUAGGAAAAUUGAACGUCUGCUGCUGCUUCAAAGAAAAAGUUGCCCCAGAGCAUUAAACAUGGGGUAUUGCUAAUAAGCAAAAUGUUCUUGUUUGCCAUCAUGUGUUUCACACCACAAUUCUGUGCCACAGUUAAGAGGGUCUGGUACCCUUGCGGGACCUUUGUAGGUUGUGGGAAAAAGUUAGCAGAAAGAUACUCAAAGUGGGGCGGGGAAUGGAGACAGAACAUCAGUGAUGAUAAAAAAAAAAAAAAGGUGGAUCUUAAGAAACUAUUUACUCUGCAAUCUCUAAUAAAAUGUGGAAUUCCAUGUUAGGACAAUGAGACUGAAUUUACGGGUGUUUUCUGCCUUGAGAACACAGGCAGUUAAAACAAGCCUCAAAUGUAUUUUAGUGCCACCCACUGGCCAUAGGUAAAAUUCAGUUGUUGGCUUGUUUUGACUUAAUUCUAAGAUAGGUCUCAAGCCUGUAUUUUUAUGAGUUUAUUUUUUUAAAACCCUGCAUAUAUAUGAUUGUUUUUCUUAUAACUUUAUUAUAUGAAAGCAGCAUAAGAGUAGUCACAAACAUGUUUUACAACAAAGUUUUAAUUAGAAUGUAAGUUGUUCAGUUAUACUGUACUUCUUAUGUAUGUUAAAUUUUCAUAAAGUAUUUUGUAAAAACCCUUAGAAUAAAUUAUCAUUUGAUUUAAAUUGUAUUAGAAAA